UUUUAGUUUGCCAAGCGGGACAAACAUCGUUUGAUAGAUGCGGGCGGAGAUGUGACUGCAUUGGUGGGCGUCUCGUUAACUGCGUAAGGAUUAGAAAAGAGUUCACAUCCCUCUCGUUGACAGAGCGAAGGAGAUACAUUCAAACCAUUCUUACAGCUUCAACUGACACCAGGUUCAAAAACGAUUACGACCGCCUUCUCAAUGACCAUAGGAUCCUCUUCGCGACGGGAAUUCAUGAGCGUAUUCACUUUCUCACAUGGCAUCGUUAUUUUAUCCUGCUUUACGAAAAUCUUCUUCGACGGGUUGACUGCAGAUUCACUGUGUCAUACUGGGACUGGUCUCGAGUUUCGGGUGAUCCUUUUCGAACAACGAAUCCCAGAGACCUUUGGCAUAGAGGCAAUGCUUCUUUUGGCGGAAAUGGCGUUCCACCCAACCAGUGUGUACAGACGGGUCCUUUCAGAGAGAGCGUUUGGAGCCUCCCUCCCCUUCCAUCGGGAACUCCACCCUCGCCUGGAUCUGGAUGCUUAAGGCGACAAUUUAAUGGAAACCCUCCAGACACGGUUGCAGUGAAUAAUGUCUUGCAAAUAAACCCGGUUAACUUCACAGAUUUUGAGCUGCUACUCAGAUUAAAUCUCCAUGACGUAGUUCACUGUUUGAUUGGUGGUACCAUGUGCUCCGUUGACGCCGCUUUAGCGCCUGAGUUCUUUCUGCAUCAUGGUUUCGUCGACAAGAUUUGGGAUGACUGGCAGAAGAAAAGUGAUGCUCACCUGAAUGCGUUCUUUCCUACUAUCAACGAGGUUAUGCCAGGUACUCAGGUGUUACCCAGGGAGGUGGUUAGUCUUUCAUCCCAGCCAGGAGGCGUUCGUGCAGAAUACCAGCAACCUACUAGCCCUGUGAGACCUCUAUCAGGUAUAUGUAUGGGACAAAGUCAAAGAAGGCGAUUUUCUUCUAUCAGUACAAAGGCCAUCAAACUGUUCCAUGUAAAGCCAUCUGAGGUUACAAAAGCGAGAGCGAUGGAAAAGAUGAUACAGCCAUGAGCUGAAGCACCGAGCACCGAGGAAAGAAACACAGAAG